GGUCACCUGUUGACCUACAUGGACAUACAUGACGAGUGAGGAGCAAGUCUAAUAGGUACAACACUAUCCUUCUACUACAGAGUCCAUUGCCGGCAAGAUGUUAACCAUCACACUUCUUGUGUUUUACUCAGCGAGUAUGUUUGUGUCUAUCAAUGGCAAUGACUGCAUUGUAGACGACAUGGAGGUUCAAGCAGACUUUGACACAGAUAGGUAUAUGGGGAAAUGGUAUGAGUACAAAUGGUAUGCGUCAUCGUUCAUACCACCGGAAGAAAGGUAUGAAAACUACUACCACUAUUACAUCCCUACGGAUGACAAAAAUAUCACCAACUACAUCAGUGGGCGUGACCCAUCGAGGCCAGACGGAGAGUGUUUCUUUUACAAUCGGCAACUCAUCCCGACUGCUAUGCCUGGGAAGUUCAUUUGGCAAGACACUCCAGCAAGCGCAGUGCCCUACUGGGUGUUGGAAACAGACUACACUCACUAUGCCUUUGUCUACGGAUGCUCAAAUAUAACCGCUAACCGCACAUGUGCUCAGCCCCGCGCCUGGAUCUGGAGUCGAACCCAGACCAUUCCCCAGAUUAUAAUGGAUCGAGCGACUUCGUUCUUCAACAGGACCUGCCUUGCUGAGUCAUCCUUCCUAGAUACCAAGCAGGACAAUGAAUGUGAUGUACCAGCACAGUACAAGACAACAGAGGGUCAAAACUGCAAUGUUUCAACAUUUCAAGUACAACAAGACUUCGACAUAGCGAAGUACUCCGGGAGCUGGUAUGAAAUGGAAUGGUUGGCCCAGUCGUAUAUCCCUCCGUCAGAACUCUUCCAAGACUAUCAACACGAGUACAUUGCAGGAAGCGAUGGGAAGGUGUCUGCAUUCAUCAGAGGAAGGAACAAGCAAGGAUGUUUCUACAGGGAGGCCAUUAUGGAACCAUUAGAAACUCCGGGGAAGUUUACACUCAAAGUAAAAGACAGCAAUGACCAAUAUCCCUACUGGGUGGUGGACACAGACUACAGCGGCUUUGCCGUCAUGUAUGGAUGUUUGGAGGUGAACAACAGCCAGUGUGUAUCUGCUAGAUCAACCGUGUGGAGCCGCCGCCAGACUCUGGCUCCAAGGCUACAGUCCCGUUCCAAUACCGUCGUACAAAUGUUGUGUGUGAACCCUGCAGCAUUCCUACUGACGUCACAUAAAAAUGCCUGCCCCCCAUACUUCGGACAGUCCACCUGUGAACCUGUUUCAGACAAGGGAGAAUCCUGUGCUGCCAACAUCUAUCUGCUGGUUUCUACAAUGGCCACUAUGUUCUUCAUCAACUGGAGGCGAAUUUAGCCUAUAGUUAUACUCAAAGACAUUUUCGUGCUCAAAAUGGAAAUUUUGAAUGUCACUUAUGAAGUUCAGAAAGCUGCUGUGCAAUGAGAAGCAAGUUCAGAGAGAAAGAGAGAGUGAAAUGAUUUUAUAGCACUUGGUUCAAUGUAUUCAAUUUUUGUCAUUUACAUGUUGGCUGUCAUGUGCUAUAAAUUAUAUCGGAACAAAAAUAUAUGAUUGUAAACGAAGAAAGCCUAUGCACGAACAUCUAUGUGCCUAAAACCUAACGCCCAAGUACGUAGUUUGCACAUGGAGUAGCGCCUCACACGUGCAUGCGUGUCAGUCCUGAUUCC